UCUGAAGGUUGAGGACUACCAGAGACUUGGAAUCGAGGGAAAACAGUCCUACUUCGAUAGAUCCAGGAGUUCUCGUUUUGCCCCCCCUCUCUAAAAAUGCCCCGGAAGCAUCAAGUGCCUGCGCUGCAGGAGCUUGCACUGUGCUCCAUCGGCGAAUACGUAACAGCUUUCGGCAAAUCAAUAGUCACCCCAAUCUGCAAGCAAUCAUGCACAGACCCCCGAGGAGGUUCCAAACGGCUCCAAAGCCUCCUAAACUCGAUGAAGCACCGCCUAAGCUCGAGCAUCCCCUGGCACUUGUACAACCCAAUGGCCUUGAAAUCCCUAAACGCCAUAAAGUCCCUGAUAAACGAGCGUAGAAACUCUUACAACGACUUUCAACCGAUGAACGUCUUCCUCACGGAGGUGAACGUCCUGGUGAACCUUAUCGAGGUGCUUUUGCACCACAAUCUGCGGUCGAUGGAAUUCGCGGAGUGGCCGAAAAUAAUGCGCCAUGUUCUCUACAACAAUCUACACAAUAUGUCUGGGCUUGAGGUCCUGGACCUCGGCUCGGGCUCCGCGGGCUGGCGAACGUCGGAGAUUGAGAAACUCAUCAUCAACGGGGUCUCGCACAUGCCGAAUCUCCUCUCCUUCACCCUGUGCUCAGACUGCACCGACAACAUCAUCCUCGUGGUCGGAGAAACCUGCAAGAAGCUCAGAACACUAGACGUGAUCGCUUCCAGGUCAGUCACGGACAGGAGCAUUCCCUCAAUCCUCAAUUGCCAUUACUUGAGGGAGGUCAAGCUGUUCAGAACUUCAGUCUCCAUCAGUGGCUUCGCCGAUCUCUUGAUCGGUCUGCCUUGGCUGGAGAACAUCGGACGUUGUGACGACAUCGGAGAAGUCUUCGAGUCGAUCUCGCUCAAGGAAAUGACUCAGAACGACUCGGAGAAGAAUUUGGCGCUCAAAGUGUUGGAAACUAGAAAUGUCACUAUCGAGGAUCUGUUCCUGUUCAUCGACAUGUGCCCCUUCAUCACUAGUAUCUCGAUCAUGUGCGACGAGAGGACUGAUCUCAGGAUUUUGUCUGCUUUGGAGCACCUGCAGGAGCUGAAGCUGUUGUCUUGCGACUUUUACGCGGAUAAGGUGAACGAUCUUUUGGAGCUUACGAAUUCGAGGAUCAAGAGUCUGCACCUGGAGCAUGUGGAGGAGAUUGACAGGAGUGCUCUGGUAUUCAUUAGUCAGUACUGCCCUGGGAUAAGGAGUCUGACGUUUUACAAUUGCGAUUUCUCCGAGGGAUUGUCCACGCAGUCCAGGACGCUGAAGAUCGAGCCGUUCAAGUUCUUGGAGAGGCUCAAGUGUGUGGCGGAUUGCGCGAGUUGUCAUCUGGAGUUUUUGUUGAGCAGUUGUCAGGGGAUCAAGUUCAUUCAACUGGGGUCUUCCACGGGGGUUGGGGAUGUGACGAUGCAGAAGGUGUUUGCGGUUAAUAAGAUGAGGGAACUGGAGGAGCUGAAGAUUCUUUAUGGUGGGGAUCUGUCGAUGAGGACUGUCAGACUGAUUAUGGAGAAUUGUGAGAGGUUGAGGAGGCUGAGUGAAUUGGAGGGGUGGCAUGGGGUGACUCAGGGGGAGCUGGAGAGUUUCAGGGAGGAACUGAGGGUCAAUAAUGUGGAUUUGGACACUAGUCCUACUUUAUCGCUUGCUUGAAGUUCUUUUCAUGUUGAGAUAAGGAGUUGGGGGAGCGGGGAGGUGGGAGCCGACAGGAUGAGGAAAUUUUGAAAAGAAUUGGGUGCGUGGGGAAAUAUGUGAGGGAAGUUUUGGGGAGAUUGACUUAAGAUAAUCAAAUCUGAGUUCAGGAGUGGAGUGGGCUAAUUACAAAUUAUCUGAAAAAAUUGGUAUGUUAAGGAUAUCCAAGUAUUUUUUACAGUUUGGUACAGACCACAUAUGGAUUC